AUGGCGCUUUCUACUAUCCUCCGCAAGCAUCUUCCGUGGAUGGAGUCACCUUUCAUCAUCAACGCACCAAUGAGCGGCGCGGCAGCGAGCGACCUGGCUAUCGCUGUAACUCGUGCCGGUGGGCUUGGGCAAAUUGGGUUCAUGGAUAACCGCCAAAUGUUAUCGGAACACCUAAAGAAAGCCCAGCAUGGCCUCCAGGAUAUGAUGAAAUCUCUUCCUAAUCCAAAUAUCCUCCCUAUCGGAGUAGGGAUCAUCGUUUUCGGAUCGCCCGUGGACGACUGGAUGUCGCUCUUCUCUCUAUAUAAACCUGCAGUAGUCUGGCUUUCUUUUGCUAGCACACCCGAAUUCACGUCAUGGACAAGGGAGAUCAGGCGCGCCACCCCGGAAACAAAAGUUUGGAUACAGCUGGGCAGUGUAACAGCUGCCGUGGAGGUAGCGGAAGCAUGUCGACCCGAUGCUUUGGUCAUUCAAGGCAGUGAUGCAGGGGGGCAUGGGCAUCAGGACGGUGCUAGCAUCGUCUCCCUUAUCCCCGAAGUUGCAGAUGCGCUCAGGGAGCGUACCAUCUAUGAUAUUCCGCUGAUCGCCGCAGGUGGCAUCGCAGAUGGACGAGGAUGCGCAGCCGCGUUGGCGCUGGGGGCAUCUGGCGUGGUAAUGGGUACUCGAUUCCUGGCUGCUAGGGAAACGCGGGUUCCUGACAUCUACCGGGAUGCGAUCCUGCACGCAUCUGACGGGGCCAGCACCACCGCUCGAUCCCGGAUUUUUGAUGACAUAUGGGGACCUAAUUUCUGGCCGAUGGCGUACGAUGGACGGUGUUUGAGGAAUAAGGUGUACGAAGAUUACCGGAAUGGAGUUGGCGUUGACCGGAUCCGCACCUGGCUCUAUGCUGGAGCGCGACAGGAUGGCAGUGAGCCACUGGAACCCAAGGAUACAGGAAGUAUCUGGGCGGGGACGGGGGUUGGGUUAGUUAAAAAAGUGGAAGGCGCGGCCGACAUCGUUCAGGAAGUGAGGGAUGACGCGAGAGCGCGACUUUCCACAGCUCUUUCUUCCUUAUGA